AUGAGUGUCAAGGCCUACGAGCGAGUGUCAAGGCCUACGAGCGAGUGUCAAGGCCUACGAGCGAGUGUCAAGGCCUACGAGCGAGUGUCAAGGCCUACGAGCGAGUGUCAAGGCCUACGAGUGAGUGUCAAGGCCUACGAGCCUACGAGUGAGUGUCAAGGCCUACGAGCGUACGGGCGAGUGUCAAGGCCUACGAGCGAGUGUCAAGGCCUACGAAUGAGUGUCAAGGCCUACGAGCGAGUGUCAAGGCCUACGAGCGAGUGUCAAGGCCUACGAGUGAGUGUCAAGGCCUACGAGCCUACGAAUGAGUGUCAAGGCCUACGAGCGAGUGUCAAGGCCUACGAGCGAGUGUCAAGGCCUACGAAUGAGUGUCAAGGCCUACGAGCGAGUGUCAAGGCCUACGAGCCUACGGGCGAGUGUCAAGGCCUACGAGCGAGUGUCAAGGCCUACGGGCGAGUGUCAAGGCCUACGAAUGAGUGUCAAGGCCUACGAAUGAGUGUCAAGGCCUACGAGCGAGUGUCAAGGCCUACGAGCGAGUGUCAAGGCCUACGAGCGAGUGUCAAGGCCUACGAGCGAGUGUCAAGGCCUACGAGCGAGUGUCAAGGCCUACGGGCGAGUGUCAAGGCCUACGAGCGAGUAUCAAGGCCUACGAGCGAGUGUCAAGGCCUACGAGUGAGUGUCAAGGCCUACGAGCGAGUGUCAAGGCCUACGAGCCUACGAGUGAGUGUCAAGGCCUACGAGCGAGUGUCAAGGCCUACGAGCGAGUGUCAAGGCCUACGAGCGAGUGUCAAGGCCUACGAGCGAGUGUCAAGGCCUACGGGCGAGUGUCAAGGCCUACGAGCGAGUAUCAAGGCCUACGAGCGAGUGUCAAGGCCUACGAGCCUACGGGGGAGUGUCAAGGCCUACGGGCGAGUGUCAAGGCCUACGAAUGAGUGUCAAGGCCUACGAAUGAGUGUCAAGGCCUACGAGCGAGUGUCAAGGCCUACGAGCGAGUGUCAAGGCCUACGAAUGAGUGUCAAGGCCUACGAGCGAGUGUCAAGGCUUACGAAUGAGUGUCAAGGCCUACGAGCGAGUGUCAAGGCCUACGAGCGAGUGUCAAGGCCUACGAGCGAGUGUCAAGGCCUACGAGCGAGUGUCAAGGCCUACGAGCGAGUGUCAAGGCCUACGAGUGAGUGUCAAGGCCUACGAGUGAGUGUCAAGGCCUACGAGCGAGUGUCAAGGCCUACGAGUGAGUGUCAAGGCCUACGAGUGAGUGUCAAGGCCUACGAGCGUACGGGCGAGUGUCAAGGCCUACGAGCGAGUGUCAAGGCCUACGAGCGAGUGUCAAGGCCUACGAGCGAGUGUCAAGGCCUACGAGUGAGUGUCAAGGCCUACGAGUGA